GGAUCCAGCCGGCAUCGGGUCGGCAGUCGAUGAACGGUCCUCGACCAAGCAUCGCCACACCGAGACCAUUCGAUCUAGUGGCCCCGAUAUUCGUGAUCGCACAGGCGGAUCCUCAAGUUCGGGUGCAUUUAUCCUCGCGCGUUUAACGGAAUUGAGGACGAUCUGUGAGAUUGUAACAGCGAGUAUACACGUACGAACUCCGUGUGUAUGCACGUCAGUCUCGGCAUUUUGUCAACUGCUAAUUCGGAAGCUGUUAAGUGCCUCGUCUGAAACGGGGAAAAAUCUAAUCUAAGACUUUACGCAAGGAUGGCACCGAAUGUGACAAGCGCGCCUACGGGAGUACUGUUCGAAGGUGAAACUCUUGAUCCACAAAUAAUUGAGGAAUCCAAGGAAAAACCUAAAUAUGUUAGACGCAUCGUGUGGAGGAACGUGUUGGCUUUCUCAUAUCUGCAUCUCGCCGCCCUUUACGGAGUUUAUCUAUUAUUCACUUCCGCCAAGCUCGCAACUACUAUGUUCGCAAUUUUAUUAUAUCAACUCUCCGGUCUCGGAAUCACAGCCGGAGCUCACCGACUCUGGGCGCACCGAUCCUACAAAGCCAAGUGGCCUCUCCAGUUGUUACUUGUAAUUUUGAACACUAUAGCGUUUCAGGACGCCGCGAUUGACUGGUCUAGAGACCACAGGGUUCACCACAAAUUCAGCGAAACUAACGCCGAUCCGCACAACGCUAAGAGAGGUUUCUUCUUCUCACACAUGGGCUGGCUGCUCUGCAGGAAACAUCCUGAAGUCAAGGAAAAGGGAAAGAACAUCGACUUAAGUGAUCUUGAGAGCGAUCCAAUAUUGGCGUUUCAAAAGAAAUAUUAUAUUAUACUGAUGCCAUUGCUGUGCUUCAUUUUGCCAACUAUUAUUCCGGUCAUGUGUUGGGACGAGACGUGGACGAACGCUUAUUUUAUCCCUACCAUUCUUCGUUAUGCCUUCACUUUGAAUAUGACAUGGCUGGUAAAUUCUGCGGCUCAUAUGUUCGGUAACAAACCCUACGACAGAUAUAUUAAUCCAUCGGAAAACAAAGGUGUUGCCAUAUUCGCUUUUGGUGAAGGAUGGCAUAAUUACCAUCACGUUUUUCCCUGGGAUUACAAGACGUCUGAGUUUGGUCAUUAUAGUACCAACUUUACGACAGCUUUCAUUGACUUCUUCGCCAAAAUCGGCUGGGCCUAUGAUUUAAAGACCGUAUCUGAGGAAAUGAUAAGGAAACGUGUGGAAAGAACGGGUGACGGUAGCCAUGAGUUGUGGGGUUGGGGUGAUAAGGAUCAAACGCAGGAGGAAAGAGAUGCAGCGAUAGUGACGCAUCAUGAUAAGAAUCAGUAGGAUAGUGCGAAUGCGCGUAUAAGACUCUCGAUGAAGUAAGGUUUUGUCCGCAUUUGUCCACGACGAAUUACGAAUCGAUUCGUAAUCAAUUUUUCCCUUUUGGACAAAUUUCAUGAAAAAUACUAUGUAAGUCGACUUUCCAGGACUUAUGUCUCGACCGUCGUAUCUAAAUUGCGACAUGUCGUUGCAUGAUUAUUUGGCAGGUUCCAUAUAAUGCAGAAAGCUUGACAUUGAGCAGGAUUUUCAUAAUCGAUGCCAUGGUCGAUGGUGUUCUGGAUCACGAGCAGCUUUGCACUCGGUCGAUAAUCAUUUUUGAUCUCCCUUUAAAAUAUACAAACUUAGCUUUCGAAUUAUAAUUAUUGGACAAUGUGUAUUAUUCAUACAAUUUUUUAACUUAAGGAGUAUUACAGAUUUACACAUUUACACGUAAUUUUGUAUUUUUAUCUUUUAAAGUAAAGUGUAAAUCUAUAGUACUAUGAUUAAAAAAAGGAAAAAAUAUAUAGUACAAAAAUGACCUAUUUAAUAUAAAUUUGAUAAAUUAUAUUGAUACUAUUGAUAUUAACCUAUUUGAUAUAAAUACAAAUCAAGAAUUAUAAAUAUGUGAAGAUUUAUAACGUGAUUAAAUCGUUGCUCAAUUUUAAUGUAUAAUUACAUAACGAAAUUUUGUAUGUCACAUCUUUUUGAUUAAAAUAAAUAAUUUGAUUUUUAAAUUUAAUAUUAAUCUUGAGAUAAUAUUGUCUUGUCACUAAAUUAAAAUUGACUUUAAAAAGUAAUAUAUCGUCCAGAACAUCAGCGAAAUAUUUUUCAACAAAAUUAAAUUGUAUUCAUUUUUUCCCUUUCUUACGAUAUUACAAGCACAUGAAAAUUCUUUAUUAAGGUUUCAUUUGCGAUACGUUAAGAAAUUAUUUACUUUCUCUUACAUUAAAACUAUAAUACAUACAUUUUUUGUAAUUCUUUUUGUAAUUAGUUCCUAUUAUUUUUCAUGCUUAUCGUAUAUAAAUUAGUUAUAUAAAUUAUUAUGUUAUAUAAAUUAGUUUGUAAGCAACAAUGGAUUUGGUAUAAUUUAUUUUAUAUAAUUAAUCCUAAAUAUUUGUAAUAAAAAAAUGUAAAUAAAGAGAUUUAUGUUUGCAAUAAG